AGAAUUUUUCAUGAGCGACCCAAUGAAACCCUUGUAUGUGCAGUAGAGAGAAAAUAGUAGAAAAAAAAUGUUCAUAGUAAAAGAAUCAUUGAGUCUUAGAUGAUGUAGUUUGAGCAUCAAUCACGUUUUGAUAAAUAUCAGUUGGUACCACAGUAUCAUCGGUUGGACACUGACCCUAAUUCCGGGCAUUCGACUUUCUUUUUAAUUCUAAUGUAUAUGAUUUGUUCUCUAUGUGAGUUUCUAUUUUUUGUUUUCCUGACUUCCCGUUGGAUCUGAUGGAGAACUCAUGUCGCUCUCAAAAAUUCAGUAGGCACAUAAAUCAUCUGGAAUGCUUAUCUUAAUGCAUCCUUGUAGAAGUAAUUUCUGGCAUUUGAGGGACCUUUAUUGGCGUAGUUUUAUGAAAUGAGUCUCAUAUUCCCACAUUGCGACGAGCAGUUUUUCUUUAAAGCAAAGUGCUUUUUCUAUUUUAGUUUGUUUAGAUAUUUGUAUGAAAUCGCAGGAAAUUCAGAUUCAUAGUUCCUUGGACAUCAUACUUCUAGUCUUGAGGGUCUUGAUUAAGAUGAAUCAUGGGACUAUAAACAAGGUUCCCUCUCUUCUUUCUCAACUCAACAAGUUGUUUCUGGUUUCGUGUGUCGAAAAGAAGAUCCUAGGGUUGAUUCAGUGCUUGCUGAUUGAUACUGGAACUCAUAAACUUAGUUCUUGCUGAUUUAUACUGUAAUGUAAUGAGUAUAUUUGUUCCUACUGAACUAUAACGUAUUGAUUUUUUUGUUGUUCUUGUUUUCGUGGUCAAAUAACUUAAUUAGUAUUGGGGAUUUAAUUCUAUGGUGACGAUGUGUAUGGGCCCAAGCAGUGGUGCCACAGCUAAUUACGGUACCACUUGCUUGAAGUUCUCUUCUACAUAUUCCUUAAACUACAGUUAAGAAAUUAUUAGAGAAUUCCUACUUGGUUUGGUCGCAUAUAAGUUUUAUGUUUUCCUGACAGAAAAUAGUUUUAUUUUUAUUUUUAUUGUGGCAGUGGAGAGCCUUUUGUUUUGUUGGGAUUGUUUAGAAGUGAUAAUAUUUUUAAAAUUACAAAUUCCCACUAUUUUUUGAAAGCUGCUAUUGGAGUGUCAAUAACUUUUUUUUUUUUUUUUUGGUCAGAAGAAUUUCAAUUAGACCAACGGGUCUAGCCCAGUUUCAGUGGAAAGGGUCUUGACUUACAGACCAGUAAUCGUAGGUUCGUACUUCCAUGAUACUUUGAUAGUGUGUGUGAGAAAACCCCCUUCUUCAAAUAUCGCUCGUAUAAAAGUUAAUAAAAAAAAGAGGAAUUUCAAUUAGGUUGGUCGGGGAUGAAUUAAUUCCACUAGGUUGGUCAAAUAAGUUUCAAGCAUUGUCAUUGGAUGGAUAUCCAUGUUGGGUUCCACUGGUUGGAGGAAUGUAAGCAAGUGGACUUAAUAUUCCAUCCUGUACACAUUCUUUAGUUUCAAAGCUCACGUCUAAAGCUGGCCAAGAAAAAGUUGACUUCUAAAACAAUUAGAAUCACAGGAAAACAAAAAAUAGUCAGAGGAGAAAAAAAUUAUUUAACAUUGCCAAAUCAAUCAAUGCAGCACUUGUAGAUUCAUGCUUUGUAGCUAGGUCAAUGUGCAAGCUAUAAACCCUUGUACAUAGGACACUGUUGCAUGCAUAAAUUAAAACACACAUGAAUAAGAAAAUGCCACUAACAAUAAUGGCAUCCUAUAAAACCCAUAAGCCAACCUAGCUAUUGCUUCAAGGGCUCUGUGAUUUCUUGAUCAUGGAGGAACUACACCAGGCAGCUUUAGCAUAUUACAACAAUGGGUCACAAAAUCUUCAGCUGCUGGCUGCCAACUUCUUCCGAUCCAUGGACAGAAAUGGCGAUGGUCGAGUAAGCAAGUCUGAGUUCAUUACAUUUCUUCGGCAGAACGGCUAUGGUUGGAUUAACCCUAGCUUCUUCAACAAUCUGGAUCGAAACCGUGAUGGCGGUCUGGAUUUUGAAGAAGUGCUUACAUUUUACUACAUCAUUAAGACCAGGAACUUGUGGUGCGAUGGUUGUGGGGUGUGUCUAAAAGGGUUGUAUUUUACGUGUGUUGAGUGCUUCGACAGAGCCGCCAACACGUAUGAUCUAUGCUCCCGUUGCUACUCCAGCAGGCGGUUCCGCCACAACCACACCUGCUUCUUGGAUAACCAUAUGCUGCUGAGAUCAAAGAGAACGCAACUUAGACAAGCUGGUCCUCCAAACCUGAAUUUGGUAAUCACUCCAGCACGACAAAUUUUCUACCCUCCAGCUACACCUGCUAGGGUAUAUAUAUCUUUUCAGUUUUUUUUCUCUUUUGGUUGAUCUUUUUAUGUAUUUAUAGAAAAAAGUGUUGCAUGAUAACAACUUAUGUUUACAUGAUCAGUUGAAUUGGUGGUUGUUUGAUUAUGUUUUGCAGAACAGAUUGCGGCAAACAUUUCAAGCAUUAGAAGCCGCAAUUACAGUUGCAAAUUUGAUAACUUUGUGUACCAUUAUGUGAAUGGAUAUUGGAAAUAUAAUAAGGGGACAAGCUAGCCAGCGAUGACGACAAGAACCUUCACAAGCUUAGCUUGUGGCCCGAUCGAAACUUCAUUUUUAGUUUCUCAAUUGUUUCUUUUUUCUUCCUUUCUGAAAUUUGAUUUAAAGAUUGUUGUAUUGUUCCACUUUAUUUGUCUUGGAUUAAAUGAGGAAUAUAUUUGUUGA